AUGUCAACGGACAUGGCCUCACUCCGAUCGCUAGUGACAGUAGGUUUGGCGAGGUAUUCAAUUGGGAUCAACUGUUUGAUUCAUCCGUCAAGGGACGAGGCCAGUUUGGCUAAGGCAUUGCUAGCUGUUUGGCUCCGGGGAAUCUGCGAGGUGGUAAAGUUUGUAAAAAGGGACACCAGACGUUGUGCUUCCUCCAAGUAG